ACAUUUGGUUUUAACGCUUCCGUCAACACCAACUUCGUUUCGACUAUCCCUCUUGAGCAAAUACGUAGACAAUUGCUCGUUAAUAAGUUCUUUUAAAAAGAGAGCGUCCCGGUCAGUUGGCUGUGACAUCAGGGAGUCGAUAGAGGGGUAUGGGGGCAAGACAAGUUGCUUCAAUACAUGAGACAAUCUAAUUAAGUCAUCUCGAAUUUUGUUGCAUUCUUAUACACAUUGAUUGAGGAUUAUCACGCAAAUUAUGCUUUAUUAGUUAUUCGAGGUCAUUCUUGAUAGUGAAAUAAACAAAGUUAGGUGUGAACCAUAAAACGUCAACAAAGAGUUCGAAGGUGGUCAUCUUUGAUUGUUAUGGACCAGCACGUACCCUGAUUGGUUCAAUCAACUUCUCAUCUUAAUGAUGAUUCACAGGGUUUCUUUUGUUACUUGGCGGCUUUUCUCGGGUUGGGGUCAUCUUAUAUUUCAGAUCAAACAAACCGACUCUCUCUAUAAAUAGGACCAUGAAGUUUAAGAAGAGAGUGUUUGUCGAGUAAAUCGAACAGAAGAAUCUAAUCAUCGACACUAUAGCUGGUCAAGACGUACGGAGGAGCUUGAUGGUCCCCAACGCAGGACAUCUCAAGUAUUCUAAACAUCAAUCUUUUAGUUUAUGCCAAUGACCAACAUGGCUACCUCAAAUUUCAUUCUUAUCUCAUUACUGACGAUGACAGCGACGAUGACUACCGUCGAUGCUCAGUGCGGAUCUGUCACCCUAGUCAACAUCAGCUACACAGAGGAUUUCGUUUACGUCUACGAAGGACUCCAGGCAAACUUCACAUUGAUCAUUGAUGACGUAGUUAGCGAUGGGAUCCUCUCUUUCAGGUCAGAUAGCCCACAUCACUUCGAGUUGAAGGACCCAGAAGUGACCUUUAACCUGACUGUGGGUGGAGGUUAUCCAAUGAACAUCACUUCGACUAUCAUUGGAAAUGUGAUAUCAAUCGAGGAAAUGGAAAUAUUAUUUACCCCAGAUGGCUCAAAUGGCGUCGUAGUUGUUGGUUCUCAAAGCGUAGGCGUCCGUCGUAUUCCAAACAUUCUGCAAUUGAUUUACAUCUACACUCUACUGGCAUGGGUUGUGAUUAGCUAUAUAUCUAUGGGUGGUAGCAUGGAUCUCAAAGCAAUCUGGGAGAAAGUUCGACGCCCUUAUGGUAUCCUGAUUGGUCUGUUCUGUCAGUUCAUCAUCAUGCCUGCUCUUACUUUCGCCGUUGCCCGUCUCAUUACUGAUGAGCCUACAGCAGCAAUUGGUAUCGUCUUGGUCGGCACAUGUCCUGGCGGAUGGUUAAGUAAUAUCUUCAGCGUUCUUCUCGAUGUCGAUUACACCUUGAGCGUGACCAUGACAUUCUUCUCCUCCAUCAUCGCGCUCGGUAUGAUGCCCCUCAAUCUCCUCAUCUACGCCACGCCCUUUACUGGUGGUGAUGCACGACUGGGCACACCAUAUGUCGACCUCGUCCAGCAGCUCGUCAUCCUCAUCCUACCCGUCUUCCUCGGGAUAGGCCUCUCCUAUAAAUUCAAGAAAUUCAGGAAGUUUUGUGAUAAAGUCAUUAAACCGAUCUCAGCCCUUCUCAUCAUAUGUGGAGUGUCGCUUGGUGUCCCAGCAGACCUCUAUGCCUACACUACAUCACCACUCGAGAAUUGGAUCGCCAGUAUGAUCACCCCAGUCUUCGGAGCAUUCUUCGGUCUCGCCUUCGCUCGUAUCUUCGCUCGCGAUGUCCGGACAUCGAUCACCAUCUCGUUGGAGACGGGUGUUCAGAAUGCUCUCCUUGGCCGUACCAUCGUCGCUCUCUUCUACCCUCAGCCGGAGGCUGAUCUUAUUGCUCGAGUUCAACUCACAUUCGUCAUGGUGACUCUCGUCGAAGGGACGCUAGCCUCUAUCAUCUAUUCAUUAUUCAGGUAUUUUUGUUGCCGCAAGCAGUGUGACAAGAUGAUGCCGAAAGAGGAUGAUGUCAAGGAUGAGGAGGCUGUGGUAGUCGAUGACAUCGAACCCAAGAUUGGUCAUGAGAGCAAUGGUAACACGCCCAACCCAAUCGGAGUUGAGAAUGCGGGCUUUGAGAUUUCUGAUAAUUAGGCCGAUGAUGACUAUAUCCAGCUAAAAAUGUAUAAGAGUAUACUUGACGCGCUGACUGUAUUCUUUUGUUAAAAAGUUGUUGAUGGAUUUUGCAUGUUGUAGAUGGAUUUUUUUCAAUUGAUUGUUGGCGAUUGUUUUUACAAACCUUCUAAAUAUUCAUCAUCAUUGGCAUUAACAUUAUAAAUGUGUAUUUAAAAUCGCCGUUGUGCGUGGCGUUCGCUUUGGGAUGUAAUUUCUAUAGCUAACUUCCAUUUUCACUUGAGAUUGUUGCAUGUAGGUUCAUUAAAUAUUUGUAAGUCUAAUUUUGAAGCGGAUAUGUAAAGUAAUAUUUAUAUUUCAUAAACUAUGCAUUGAAUACGGCUUACUAAUUUAUUAUUCAUUGUUCUAUUUUUGUACAUCAAAGGGGACACAGAAAAUAAGGCAUUAUAAUUUACAUCUCCGAAUUUCGAAGCAAGUUUCUUUUCUCUUAACAAAAUUUAACCCAUAGUCUUUCAUAUUUCUAUCUUUUAUGUAAGGUAUUUGGUUUCAAUUGUUUUAUAAUAAUCUAAUUGGUGACUUAUAAAGAAGUACUUAUAAUGAAUAGUCUGAAAUUGUAAUUUUGAAAUAGUAUUGUAAUGAUAUUUUCUAGAAUUCAAUGUUUAAAGUUCACAUCCAACCUAGAGUGCUAUUAAACAUUCUUAAAAUUUUUACUCUUUAUUAUAAUAAAUCGUUUGGGAAGGGGAAACAGCAACUAUAAUUUCUUGUACAGUUAUUUGACAAUAUGUAUAUAUUUGUUUCGUGUUGUAUAUCAUAACUCUUGUAUAGUAUUAGUAGGGUCCAUGUAUGAUAAUAAAUAAAGGGAAUGUAGUGAAAUAUUUGCAUAAAAAGUUUAUCAGUUUUUAAUCACUCUUACUUCUAUACCCCCAUCACUCUCACUUUCUUUACCUCUUCCCUCUCCCCAGUCAAGCUCUGAUGGGGUUAAGAAUCUACCAUCACCCCCCCCCCACACACACACACACACACACACACAAUGUUCCUCAAUCCAGUAGUUUGUGUUAAAAUCGUUGCAACAACUUCAACAUCAAUAUUAUCGUUAUCGAAAAUCGCCUUGAUAGCUGAUCGACUACACUUUUUACGCGCUAAAUCUAUUCCUGCAAAUAGGAAAGAAAUUAUUGCACCGUAUCCAAAAACUAUACACCCCUUGAACAUAGCCACACGACGUCACGGCCUCCUCAUCUUCACUUCUCUUCUAUUCAUCUGAACCACUUUUUAUUUCUCCCUUCUCUCUAUCUCACCUCUUUUAUAUCAUUUUCUGUCAUCAUCACACGCUCCCACACGUACACGCACCCACAUCCGCGCACACACAUUCACAAAUCCCCAAUAUACAGACUCUCCCUCUUUCUCCGACAAACCAUUUCAUGGAACACCCCCCCCCCCUCCCGAGGGGGAAUGUUCAACGUUCUUCUUAAAACAUAUUUAUUCCAAACGCGUCUAGCGACAUAAGCUGAACGGGGCGGUAUUCUGAACAUUGUCUUUUCUCCAUAUUUUAUCUUUUCUCAGAGAUAUGACAAAAUCGGUAUUCUGGUGGAUGUCAUAACUUUUGUCACAAAAAUUGUCAUAAAUUUCGUCUCUUCUCUUUAGCGCGCACCAAAAAUACGCGGCUUUAAAUGCGCGUAAUCCUUUUAUACAAUUAAGCAAAAGAUAUGACAAAAGUUAUGACAGGGGGGUAGCAGUCAUAAAUUUUGUCAUAUCUUUUAGUACCAAAUAUCUCGAUACCCUGCCGACUUAAUAACAAGCAUAUGAUGAUAUCAUUUAGAUUAGAUUGUGGUAUUAGUUUCACUCAUCAUCCAUGACAAUUUUCAAUAUUAUAUUUUCAUGCUACAAUUAGUUAGGCCCUACAUAUUGAUUCCUCCUUUUUUUUCUCUGUUUUCCUUCUUUUUCUACUUCUCCUCUAAAAUCCUUCACAGCUCCCUGUCUCUCUUUGUAAUUAAGCGCAUCGAUAUUCGCGUAGUUGCGCGAUGCCAACUGCAUUGGGGAUACGCCCUACCUGUCACGGGGCCUUCCUAUUGGCUAGAAUGGCUCCCACUGGGAACUAA